AAAAAAAUAAGGGGGAGGGGCGGAGGAGGUAGCCGAAGAAUGAGACUCGGCGCCAUCUGGACAGAAAAUCCAGGAGCCCCACAUCAGUCAUCAGCAGCCGAAGAACAAGAAGAAGAAGAUGGGAAAUUGUGGCACUAGAGAGGAAUCUCCUGUUGUUUCCAAUGCUCACCAUCAAGUUCAGCAGCUCCAGAUGUUAUCCGUGGCCGGAAGAAAUCCAGGUCCUGAGAGGAAACACAGUCGUUCCACUUCAGAUCUGAGCGAUCCUUCGACCCCACGCACCUUUGAGGACUCCAGGAAGAACGCCGUGCUCUAUACCCAUGUCAUCGCCUUCACCCUAUUCGAACUCGAGACCAUCACCAAGAGCUUCCGCUCUGACUACAUUCUUGGCGAGGGCGGUUUUGGAACCGUCUACAAGGGCUACAUUGACGAAAAUGUGAGGGUUGGCCUCAAAUCUCUCCCCGUUGCUGUCAAGGUCCUCAACAAGGAGGGUCUUCAGGGCCACCGCGAAUGGCUUACGGAGGUGAACUUUCUGGGGCAGCUCAGGCAUCCUAAUCUGGUGAAGCUGAUUGGAUACUGCUGCGAGGAUGAUCACAGGUUACUUGUGUAUGAGUUUAUGUUCCGAGGAAGCCUAGAGAAUCACUUGUUCCGAAGUAUGCAUCCUAGUCUUUUCUCGCUUGUUUGCUUUGUUCAAUGCUUCCUUUUGAUGCUUCCAUCAUAUUUUUCAGACUGUUUAUCAGACAAGACAACAGCUUGCAUGUGCUACCUUUUUUAUUGAGGGAGCUAGUUCUUUUCAAGAUUACAAUGUCAAUAUAGUCCAAUAGUUAGAAGCUUCGUGGUCUUGCUAAUUGAAUCUUGUGUGGUAAUUUUUC